AUGCGCUCUGCUAAAGCAGUCGUUUCGGAGAAUCUCGCGCGCUUUGGUUCUUCUGCCUUAAACAUGCCCUACAGCACUGGCGGGAUCCACGCCUCUCAGCGGCCGCCGCAUACCAUUACCUCUUUGCGGCGCUGGUCUGUCGCGAACAAGGAACUCCCAGCUGUUUCCCAUAUCCGCGCAAUCCACGUCUACGAUUUCGACAAUACCUUAUUCUUAAGUCCCCUACCGAAUCCACAACUAUGGCACGGGGCUUCUGUCGGGUUUCUCCAAACAAAUGAUGGGUUCGCCACUGGAGGAUGGUGGCACGACCCCAAUAUCCUCGCGGCCACAGGAAGAGGCAUAGAAAAAGAAGAGCCUCGCAAGUGGGAGGGCUGGUGGAAUGAACACAUUCUCCGUUUGGUUAGGAAUAGCAUGGAGCAGAAAGAUGCGCUCACUGUCUUGCUGACCGGUCGAAGUGAAGCCGGCUUCGCGGAAAUCAUCAAGCGGAUGAUCGCGAGUCAGCAACUUGAAUUUGACCUCAUUGGCCUCAAGCCCGAAGUUGGCCCGAAUGGUCAACGGUUUGCGACAACGAUGAACUUCAAACAGGCCUUUCUUGAGGAUCUUGUUCUGACUUACGCACAGGCUGAGGAUAUCCGCGUUUAUGAGGACCGUCCUAAGCAUGUGAAAGGGUUCCGAGACUUCUUCGAGAGCCUGAACAGAGUUCUCCAGAACGAUCCCACUUCCGAACGACUGCCCGUUCUCGCUGAAGUCAUCCAGGUAACUGAGGGUUGCACAUAUCUUGACCCCGUAACUGAGACCGCCGAGGUGCAGCGUAUGGUCAACGCCCACAACCUGGCACUGCGCAACCCGUCUCUAAAUGUAACCAAGAGCCGAUGUGGACGGAUGUACCUCAAGCGGGUCAUCUUCUACACGGGAUACUUGGUUACUGCAGAGGUUUCGAACAUCAUGACGCAGAAUCUGCUGCUUCCACUGCUGCCUCCAGGGCUUGCUGAAUCAAAUGACCUAAAGUACAUGGCUAACAGUAUUCUAAUCACCCCACGCCCAGCACCCCGCUCAGUCAUGGACAAGGUCGGAGGCAUGGGCAAGAAAGUAAAGUGGCAGGUCACCGGAACUGGAUGUCUGGACAACAAGAUAUGGGCCGCGCGCGUGGCUCCCAUCCCCUCAACAGAACCUUAUUACACAGAAAACCCACUACCUAUUGUAGUAUUGGCUGUUCGCAAAGGUGCCCGUCUCAUCGAUGCAGGAAGAAUCCAGAACUGGCAUCCCAUCCCGGCAGACAAGGCCAUGACCUUUGACACUGUGGUCGGUGAAAAGGUUGUCUUGCGGGUUGAGGACAGCGGGGAAUUCCGUCGCGUCGAACCCCCUCCAAACAGGAGUCAAAAGAGACGUUACCAAAUGGAAGACGAAAAUGUUGUAUGGCCACCCAGUCAGAAUUCUAGCUUCGAAGGCCCAGCUCAGAGCCGUGACGGUUACCCUUCCGCACCGCGCGGCGGCGGCGAGGGUCGUCACCAACAUGAUGACGCUCCCCGAGGCAGAGGAGGCAAUCGUGGUCGUGGUCGAGGUGCCGGACGCGGGCGUGGUAACAACGCCCGAGCCCGUGGUCGCGGUCGUGGUCGAGGUGAAAAUUAUUACCAGUACAGGUCACUGGAUGAUCAAGGUGGUGGUGGAUUCGAUAGUGCGAACGACGGAAGAGGUGGCCACAGUGGUGGUGGUGGUGGUGCAGGAAGAGGGGCUUACUCCAUGGACUAUUGA